GCGAAUCAGGACGAAUCCGUCACGAAGGACUUUCUCUCUUUAGGCUGUAGGAGGGGACGAGUACAGCCUGUCCAAUAGUGGCCGGAUUACGUAAACGAGUUCAGCCUUACUGCUGGAGUAAUGAAAUCAUUUGGAUCAGUUACUCCAGAAACCUCGUUGAAGUGUCUGGAACUAAGAACUACAGUUUGGACAACAUUUAAAUUCUAUGCUCGGCUUACAUUAUUAAAGAAAUUAAGCAUCACAUCUCAGAUGUCUUCUCUCUGAUUACCAAAGCGGAUAUUAAAACAAAUAAAAAAUAAAUACGUAAAUAAAACACAGCCAUUCAAGAUGAAGUAUAAAAACCUGAUGGCAAAAGCCUUGUACGACAAUGUACCAGAGUCCCCAGAGGAGCUGGCAUUCCGCAAAGGAGACAUCCUGACUGUGAUUGAGCAGAACACCGGAGGUCUCGAAGGAUGGUGGCUCUGCUCCCUGCAUGGCCGACAAGGCAUCGCCCCAGGCAACCGCUUGAAGCUUCUUAUAGGGCCCAUGUUUGACAGCCAUUCCCCCAACCAGACGACCACAACCCAGUCCUCCCAGCAGCAGGGUUACCCAGCAUCCAUCACACAGAACUCCUCCUUCACAGACUCUGUUUAUCAAGUGCCUCCAUGUCAUCAGAACCAGCAGAGCAUCUACCAGGUGCCCCCAAGCCACAGCCCGACUGGCAAAGAUAUAUACCAAGUGCCUCCCUCUGUUCAGAGGAGCAUCUGGGGUACGGAUGGACUGUCCAGCAAGGUUGUCACCCCAGUCCGGGUUGGACAGGGCUAUGCCUAUGAGUCUCUCUCCAGGAUCUGUCAGCAGGAUGUUUAUGACGUGCCGCCCAUUCGACCACAAGGGGUGUACGACAUCCCUCCAACAAUGCAAAAGGGCCCCAUGUCCCCUGGCCAGAUGGGAGAUCCUCGGGCUCAGGGAGUCUAUGAUAUCCCACCUUCAACACAAGGGGUGUAUUCCACCCCCCUUCAAAGAGAGGGUAACUACGAUUUUCCUCCACCAAUGAGGAAUAAAGCUGAAGGAGUAUAUGAUGUACCGCCUCCCAGCAUUAAACCACAGGGACAUUCCAACUAUGAUUUUCCACCAAGUUCUGACAUGGUGCCAUGCAACAACAAAGGCAUCUACGACAUCCCACCCCCCCACUUGCUUGGGCACCAACUUGCGGCCCAGAAAGAUGUGUACGAUAUUCCUCGAGGGAUGCAACUCCCUGGAAAGCAAAAUGCUGCUGGAGACAGGCUAGCCCCAGAGAAGGGAGAAGGUAUAUAUGACGUGCCUCCUCAGGUUUUGCAAGACUCUAAAGGUUUCCUUGAUGUGACCGAUGGGAUGAACAGGUUGUCUUUCUCCAGCACAGGAAGCACAAGAAGCAACAUGUCAACCUCCUCCACCACCUCCAAAGAGUCAUCCAUCUCCACUACCCCUACACAGGAGAACAAACUCCUUUUAGACUUAGACACAGCCAUCCAAAGGGUUUCCUGGCUUCAGCAGAGUAUCGAGUUGUCUGUCUCGGGGCUCGUGGGUUACGUGGCCCCCAACUGGAGGUCCUACGAAUAUAUGGAGAAGCAUGCGAAUGAGAUUCAUGUAGCUGUAGACAAAGUCAAGCAAAACUUGACCGACUUUCUAAAUUUCAGCAAAGGGGCGACGGCCAAUGCGUCAGGCCUAUCAGACCUCCCCCUGUACACCAAACUUAAAAAGCAGCUUCAGAGACUGGAGGAUUCUAACCAGAUCCUCACGCAAACCAGCCAUGCCCUGGAUGGCUGGAGCUGGUCCUUAAACGUCUUGGCUACCAAUAAGCCACACAACAAAUGUGAUGACCUGGACCGGUUCGUCAUGGUGGCAAGGACAGUUCCGGAUGAUGUCAAGCAGUUGGCAUCCUCCGUCAGCACUAACGGCGAGCUCCUGUUUCAAAGGUCCCCGUCCGGCUUGGGUUUGAAUAGUGUCAAUGACCUCAGAGCUGAAGAUAAAAACUCAAAAGACUACAUUUAUAGCAGCCCACAGCCACACCUGGGAAAAGAGGACAAGACAGUCAUCCAGUGCAGGGCUUUGUCUGGUCUGGCUGAUACUGACCAAAAGUCAAACAGCAUCGCUGAGAAAUGUGUGAAGAGCUGGAUGGAAGAUUAUGACUACGUUCAUCUACAGGGAAAAGAGGAAUUUGAGAGGCAACAGAAAGAACUUUUAGAGAAAGAGAACAUCAUCAAACAGAACAAGGUGCAGCUGGAACAGGAACAGCUUAAUCAGUUCAAACAGCUAGAGAAAGAGGUUAUCAAGCCUGUAGAAAAUGACAUUUCUAUGUGGAGCACAUCCCAGAACAUUCCCCAGAUGAACGGUGGCCAGUGUGCUAAGGACAAACAGUUGCUUUUCUUCUAUUCUGAGCAGUGCGAGACCCACUUUGUUACAUUUCUGAACGCCAUUGACGCCUUCUUCAGCUGCAUUAGUGCAGGCCAGCCUCCCCGGAUCUUUGUUGCUCACAGCAAGUUUGUCAUCCUCAGUGCUCACAAACUCGUGUUUAUUGGGGAUACCUUGUCAAGACAGACAUCCACUUUGGAGAUCAGGAAUAAAGUUAUGAACUGCAGCAACAUCCUGUGCGAACAUCUAAAAUCAAUUGUGUCAUCCACCAAAAUGGCCGCCCUGCACUACCCCAGCACAGCAGCUGUACAGGACAUGGUGGACAGGGUAACGGAUCUUUCCCAUCAUGCACAACAAUUUAAGGGGCAGCUGCUACAGAUGGCGUCUAUGUAAAAGAAAGAAGAAAAAAAACUGUGACUUCUAAACUUUCUUCUGGAAAGAAGCACCAAUGCAUUUUAUAUGUUGUACAUAUUUAGUAUGUAUUUUUGUCUAGUGUUUUUCCUGUAGAAGGUAGCUUGACAGGACUAUUUUGAAGCUUUAAAAAAAACAUUUUUUUACAGUACGAUGACGUGUCCCAGCAUUCCACCAUUGAUAUUCAUAUUAAGCACCUUAUGAAGUAUUCAUCAGAUAUAUUCCAUCAGUAGAUCUAUAUCUUGGUUUAUUAAAUGCCAUAUUUUACUGGUAAUACACUCCUCUGUACAAAGUAUGUUUCAUAGAAACUUAUGUAAAGAAUCAAAAAGCUGUUUGUCUUCUGUGCUUUUUACUAUAAUGUUAUGAAUUUAAAAAAGAUGAAGGGUGUAUACAUGAUCACAAGUCACAAUGUGUUCUUGCUAUGUGUAAUGAUGACUCUUCGUUGAUGAAACUGGGGUUCCAAGAUAUAGAACAAAACAAGUCUUUUGCUGUAUUUUCACUGCAUAAAAUCAGGUACUUGAGUUCAGCUCAAUAGUUAAGGAGAAGCCUAUGUUUCCACCAGCAUAUUUAUGCAUAAUUGAACAGACUAUAUUUUGUUCACUAUCCAUUGCUUAUUGUAUCAGUGUCUUUAUUUCAGCUGUUUGCCACAAAUCAGUUGUUUUAGAUAUUUUAUUAGAGCUUAGUUUUUUGUACAUAUUGAUAUGAUAUAUUUUGUCUAAAGAUUUCUUAUAAAUGUUUUUUAUACUGUAUUUUUUAUUAUUUUGUAAUCUACCUGAACUUGGUGAAAAUAUGGCCUGUCUAUUCUUAUAUGCAUGAAAAGGGGUCUGAUUGGUAAGUAAAAAGGACAGUAAUACAUUCAGCAAUCAAUAUGUUAAAGUUGUUUGGAAGUUGAAACCAAUUUGGAGCUGAUUGUGUUGGGUAAAUUAACUAGAAAGUUUAACAAAAUCAUUCUUGUGUUGCAUUAUUAUGCCUCAAAGAGAUGUAUAAAGAAUACAUAAUGUAAGUUACUAGGACCAGUUGUUUAGUGUCUUUGUGCUUAAUUGGUUAAAUUACUUCAUAAAAAUGAAGGAUCAAAGGAUAAUACAUUUUCCAUUGUACUUUCUAUUGUUUUAAAAAUGUGAACAGGUUUUUAAGAGAAAAUUAAUUGGGGCAGCCUUAGUCCUUGUUGUCCAAGUCUGUUCUACCCAUGUAUUUUAAUCCAUUUAGCUGAACCAGGUAAACUCCUGAUUAGGUCAUAAAGCACUUCACAUUUACUUAGACCUAUUAGCUACUACUUAGACCUACUAUCAAAUACAGCUGAAUUUACAAGGAAGUUUGGUAGCUGUUCGAGCUUUUGCAAAUAUUAACAACUGUUUAUUGUUUUCCCUGUGGUUUUGUUAGGUGUAAUCUCUCCUAGACCAAUAAUUCAUUGGAUUUCAAUUAAAUUCCUUUGCAAAAAUAAA